UUGGUCUCGCACGACUCUGCUCUCCCGCAGCCAAAAACCCUAGACUCCCCUGCCGCCGCUCUCUUUCCCCUCCCUCCAGCUCGCGCCGUCCUCCCAACCGCCCUCGCAUCCCCCCGCCUGCUCGCCGCUGCCGCCGUCGAGCACCGAUCAACGAGCAGCCAUGGCGAAUCCAGCGGCGCCGGGAGGAGCGAGGUCGUUCCUGCAGGCCGUGUCGAAGGUCACCGAGGAGGCGCCGACGCCGCUCCGCGUCGUCCAGAUGGAAGGCCUGGCCGUACUGAAGAUCAUUAAGCACUGUGAGGAGUUUGCACCUGCUCUGGUUACAGGUCAACUGCUUGGUUUGGAUGUUGGCAGUGUUCUGGAAGUGACCAACUGUUUCCCCUUCCCUAUCAGAGAAGAGGAUGAUGAAGCAGAUGCUGAUGGUGCAAAUUACCAGCUUGAGAUGAUGAGGUGCUUGCGAGAAGUUAAUGUUGACAAUAAUACUAUUGGAUGGUAUCAAUCUUGCUUGCUUGGAUCUUUUCAAACUGUGGAACUGAUUGAAACAUUUAUGAACUAUCAGGAGAGUAUCAGGAGAUGUGUAUGCAUUGUCUAUGAUCCAUCUAGGUCUAGCCAAGGAGUGCUAGCUCUCAAAGCCCUGAAGCUUACAGACUCAUUUAUGGAUCUUUACCGUAACAAUGGUUUAACUGGAGAGAAGUUAAGAGAGAAGAAAUUAUCGUGGGUUGAUAUUUUUGAGGAGAUACCGAUUAAAGUUUCCAACUCGGCGCUUGUCAGUGCCUUCAUGAAGGAGCUGGAACCUGAGUCUCCUGUUACUCAGUGUGACUUCGACAGACUUAAAUUGUCUACUGCUCCCUUUAUGGAAAGGAACUUGGAAUUCCUAAUUGGGUGCAUGGAUGAUCUUUCAUCAGAGCAGAACAAGUUCCAAUAUUAUUACCGCAACCUCUCAAGACAGCAGUCACAGCAGCAGGCAUGGCUUCAAAAGAGAAGGCAAGAAAACAUGGCAAGAAAAGCUGCUGGUGAGGAGCCAUUACCAGAAGAAGAUCCUUCCAACCCUAUUUUCAAGCCUAUUCCUGAGCCAUCACGAUUGGAGGGCUAUCUUGUUACCAAUCAGAUCUCCAGUUACUGCAACCAUAUCAAUGGGGUUGCUGGUCAGAAUUUCAAUAGGCUAUACCUGAUGAAGGCCCUGCAUGAGGACUAGAAGACUGGGAUAUGAGUGGAAGCUGCUGUUAGAUUUAACUUGUGCCACUGCUUAAAAUCACAAUUUUGCGAUGUACCUGACAUGAGCGUGCUAGUCUUCUAUUUCCGCAUGUCUCCGUGACGCCAGAUGGAUAGCUUCCAGUGAGAUGCACUUCCGCAAUGUAUCAGCAUUCUUGGUAUUAUUUCUGAAAUGGGCAGGUUCAUUACUAUUAGUCA